AUAACAAAUAAAGAUCCAUUGAGUAGAGUCGAUCAUGCUGAAGGUGUCGGUGAGAGCCGCAGUAGCGGCUGUGACCUUUAUUCUACUUCUUGACUUCUGCGCAUCAACUGAAAACAUCCCACGAAAAUGGGUACCUUUCUCGGCAAAUAUCACAGGUCUGAGCAGUUCCAACGUCUCUGAUGUUGAUGUUAAACAGGAGCUUCUGUGUAGCAUUUUAGCUACUAAUGACGGAAAGGCGAACCUCUUCUGCUUCGGACCAAAAGGCUGUGUUUUCGGACACGUUUACCUACCGGACGUUGAAGGAGAGCAAACCCCAGGUUACAACUGCUCCUAUUCCCACGUUUGCCCUCACGACAACAAAACUCUCCGCGAAGGAGAAAAGGUACCUGAAACUUUCUGCCCGAACCUGAACCUGACGUGCACCAAGCGUGGCAUGGUCAACCUAGCUAAUGGUGUACCGCCGCUGACAAGCUGCACUCCGCCCUUCGUGCAACACCCGUUCGGCUGCAUGUACUUCAACAAGACAGCAUCGCUGACGCUGUGCGCAGCGAGGGCUUACUGCCAGUCCCUUGGAGCGCAGGUGGCAUCCCCCACCACACAUGACAACUACCUCGCUCUGGUGGCCUACCUUACAGCGACUUACG